UUUUUGCUUAGUAUUUUUAAUUAAUAAAAUUUUGAAAAACAAUUAUGAAUUUAGUAAUUAAAAUACAAUUUUUAUUGUAUUUUAUUUUCUCUCAAACAAAUGCUCAUAUCGAUGAAUCAGUACAUAAUUUCAAUUUUAAUGAUGUUUCACUGGACACACCAACAUUAGAUGAUUUGGGAAAAUUAUUUUUGAAACUAAUGAGUGACUUUGGACAAAGUCAUAGGGACAGUAAGUCAUGUUUAGAUUGUAACAAAACGUUGACAUACCUUCGCGAACAUGUCAAGAGUGGUCAACAAAUACGCGAUUUAGCCGAAAGCACGUGCAAAACGGCAACAUCGCCACGUGUUUGUCGCGGCAAUAUCAAUAUCAAGGCUGAUCCGAUGGUGUAUAUUAUUAAAAAUAGUAAGCUAACCGUUCAAGAGUCAUGUAGCGCUAUGAUGCAUCCGGAUUGUAUGACACAUUUGAAAGCGCCCGUAACUAAAUGGGUUAACUGGGAGCUACCUUUACCCAAACCUAAACCAUUUACACCAAAAACUGUGGGCACAAAACAAUUAAAAAUGUUACACUUAACCGAUGCUCAUCUUGAUUUGUGGUAUACGCCCGGUUCAAACUCCCGGUGCAACGAACCAGUAUGUUGCCGCUCGACCUCUCCCGGACACAAUCAUUCGGCCGGUUACUGGUCAGAGACCAGCUAUAGUUGCGAUACUCCUCUGUCGUUUGCCGAGACAGCUCUCGAGCACAUGUCGGUUGCGCACCGGGACAUUGACUUUGUGAUCUGGACAGGCGAUAACAUACCGCACGACACCUGGAAUACCACUGAAGCGGUUAAUCUGAAACAUGUGAAGUAUAUGACUGACUUAGUUAAGAAGGCAUUUCCCGGAAAAUUGGUGUUCCCAUCGUUGGGCAAUCAUGAACCGCACCCACCUUUUAUGUUUGUGCCCCAUGAAGUUGAGGUCAAAACAAACGGUAGUUUUUCGAUGAGUUGGCUGUACGACACAUUAGCAGAUAGCUAUUGGUCUCAAUGGAUAAGCACACCGGCAGCUAAACAGACAUUCAAAAAGGGUGGUUAUUUUGCAGCACCACUUAAUGCUGACAUUAAGCUUAUUGUGCUAAAUAAUGCCAUUUGUUGGCGACCUAACUAUUGGAUUGCUUACGAUCCCUACGACCCGGACGGUCAACUCCAGUGGCUGAUCAAUGAGUUAGAUAGUGCCGAAAGUGACGGCAAAUAUGCUAUUAUAAUAGGUCACAUACCAUUUAACGAGUGUUAUCCAGCAUGGACUAACAAUUACUUCAGGAUAAUGGAAAGGUAUCAACAGAUAGUUGUUGGCAACUAUGUAGGCCAUACUCAUACCGAUGAAAUACUGGUGAUGCUCAACAAAAAUACUAGAACAAAUGAGACAUAUCCAGUUGGACACGCAUACCUGGGCUCUAGUAUGACAACGUUUUCGGGUCUAUUUCCUGGCUAUAGAGUGUUUACAUUAGAAAACACGGGAAAACCGAUUGACUUUUUGAUGUAUUACUCGAAUGUUACAGAAGAUAACCUAAUGGGCAAAGAUGUGACACCUAAAUGGACGGCCGGCUAUUCGGCCAAACAGUCAUACAAUUUGAAAUCCCUGUCCACUGAAGACUGGAAUAAUUUUAUAAUACGUGCAAAAACCGACGACAGUCUUACGAAAACCUAUUACGAGCGGUACUAUCGGUUUAGUGAUGCCUUUCUCGCCAAUCAUAAGCAUACCAUACAAGAUAUGAGAAAUAUUCUGCAAAACAAAAGAGUAGUUAAUCCCUUAUAUUUAUAA